AUAAAAGGACAUCCCGACCGGCUCAAGCCUUCCAAAACCACAUAUAGCUUUUUGUCUGUAUCAUCUAAUCGCACAUUUUACAGCCCCUACCUAUAUAGAAAACUACAGAAGAUCCCCAAAGCUGUUCUUAGCAAAAAGAAAUCAAUCUUAAAUGGAUUCGAUCGAGUCCUUCAAGGGCUAUGGCAAGGUAGAUGAGCUUGAAGAGCAAGCAUUCCGGAAAAGGACUCGCAGGCGUCUCAUCAUCCUCGUUAUCUCUUCCGUCGUCCUUUUGACCGUGAUCAUCGGAGCUGUUGCCGGAACCUUGAUUCACAAGCGUAAUUCAUCGCCCUCUUCCAACUCGGCUCCCGCCACCGAGUUGACCCCGGCUGCGUCACUCAAAGCUGUGUGCAGCGUGACUGAGUAUCCAGACUCGUGCUACUCCAGCAUCUCCUCCCUGGACUCCACCAACACCACCGACCCGGAGGUCCUCUUUAAGCUCUCUCUGCACGUCGCCAUCAAGGAGCUGUCCAAGCUCGCCAACGAGUUACCGUCCAAGCUGAAUGCUACCACCAAUGACGCCCAAGUUAAGGAAGCUCUAGAAGUCUGCCAAAGCGUUUUCGAAGAUGCGGUGGACUAUCUCAAUGACUCAAUUUCAUCCAUGGAAGUUGGUCGGGGCGAUAAGCUCUUAUCUACGGCCAAAAUCAAUGACAUGAAAACGUGGCUGACCACCACCAUCACCGACCAAGAAACCUGCUUGGACGCUCUCCAAGAACUCAACUCCACGUUUCUUGAAGAUGUAAAAACCGCCAUGCAGAACUCCACCGAGUUUGCUAGCAAUAGUUUGGCUAUUUUGGCCAAGAUUCUCGGUUUACUAGCCGACUUUAACACUCCCAUCCAUCGGAGGAGGAUGCUUGGGUUUGAACUAGGAGAAUUUCCGGAUUGGGUUAGCCACGGUGACCGGAGGUUACUCGAGGAGGGCAACAGGAUGGUGAAUCUGACGGUGGCGCAGGACGGAAGCGGGGACUUUAGGACAAUACAAGCAGCGGCGGAUGCGGUGCCAAAGAAGAGCGAAACGAGAUUUGUGAUAUAUGUGAAGGAAGGAAAAUACUUGGAGAACGUGAUAAUGGACAAGAGCAAGUGGAAUGUGAUGAUGUAUGGGGAUGGCAAGAUGAAGACCAUUGUCUCCGGCAGCCUGAACUUCGUGGACGGAACUCCCACCUUCUCCACUGCCACUUUCGCUGUUGCGGGGAGGGGGUUCAUUGCAAGAGACAUGGGGUUCAUUAACACUGCUGGUGCUGAAAAGCACCAGGCAGUGGCAUUCCGGUCUGGCUCCGACCGCUCGGUGUUUUACAGGUGCUCAUUUGAUGCUUUCCAGGACACCCUCUACGCUCACUCCAACCGCCAGUUCUACCGUGACUGUGACAUUACCGGCACCAUCGACUUCAUCUUCGGCAAUGCUGCUGUGGUCUUCCAGAACUGCAGCAUCCAGCCCAGGCAGCCCCUACCCAACCAGUUCAACACCAUCACGGCUCAGGGCAAGAAGGACCCCAAUCAAAAUAGUGGCAUUUCAAUCCAGAAAUGUUUCUUCAGUCCUCUGGAUAAUCUCACAGCUUCAACUUACCUCGGCCGGCCUUGGAAAAACUUCUCCACCACAGUUAUUAUGCAGUCUCAAAUUGAGUCAUUCUUGAAUCCAUUAGGGUGGAUGUCAUGGGUCCCCAAUGUUGAACCGCCCAGCACCAUCUUCUAUGCAGAGUACCAAAAUGCUGGGCCUGGAUCCAUUGUAGAUAAAAGGGUUAAAUGGGUUGGUUUCAAACCCACUCUAACGUCAGAUGAGGCUGGCAAAUUCACUGUGGAUUCCUUUAUUCAGGGUAGUGAUUGGUUACCAGAAACAGAUGUGGGUUAUGAUGCGUCUUUCUGAUCUUCAAAAACUGCUGGCAUCAAAAAGGCGUACGUACCCCUUUGUAGUAUAGAAAACAAUGGUUCAUAUUUUUUUAUUUUCUGAUACCAAGAUUUGUUAGUAUGGUCAUUUAA